AUGACCCAGAUUGUCAAGCCCCGCACCGCAGCGGUCGAGGUGAGCCCCGCCAACGAGUUCGUCCUCCGCGGCCCUGCGGUCGAGUACCGCUUCCACGUCGCCGCGGACGGCGAGCUCAUCCACGACCACUUUGGCGCGCCUGCUCCCGGCCUCGCGGCGAGCACUGGUCCUGCGCCGUGGGGCCGCGCGCUGCUCGACGAGCGGCGCGAGUUCCCCGACCUCGGGCGAGGCGACUUCCGCCUGCCGGCCUUCAUUGUCCGCCAUGCGGCCGGACACACCGUCACGGCAUUCAAGUACGCCGCGCACCGCGUGGUAGAGGGCAAGCCUGCGCUCCCUGGCCUCCCGGCCACGUUCGGCACGGCGGCCGACGUGACAACGCUUGUUGUCGACCUGGCGGACAAGCACUCGGGUCUCGUGGCGGAGCUCUCGUACUCCGUCUUUCCCGCACACAACGCCAUCGCGAGGAGCUUUACCCUCCGCAACGCCGGCACGACCCCCGUCGAGAUCCAGCGCGCGAGCAGCUUCACGCUCGACCUGCCCUCUGGCGACUGGGAGAUGGUCCAGCUCGCCGGCGACUGGUGCCGCGAGCGCGUCGAGAUGCGCCGCCCCGUCUUCCCCGGCACGCAGGGAUUCCAGAGCGCAGUCGGCUACUCAUCGCACUACUUCAACCCGUUCGUGGCGCUCGUCGACGCGAGCACCACCGAGACCCAGGGCCCGGCGUACGCCUUCAACCUCGUGUACACUGGCAGCUUUGCCGUCGACGUCGAGCGGCACGCGUACGACAUUGUGCGCGUGUCGAUCGGCCUCAACCCCGUGCAGCUGUCGUGGCCGCUCGGCGCCGGCGAGACCUUCACGACACCCGAGGCCGUCGCGGUGUACUCGGACGCCGGACUCGGCGGCAUGAGCCGCCACCUGCACCGCCUGUACCGGGACCACUUGUCGCGCUCGCGCUGGACCAAGCGCGAGCGCCCCGUCCUCCUCAACUCGUGGGAGGGCAUGUACUUCAAGUUCACCGACGCGAUGCUGUACGAGCGCGCGAAGAACUGCGCCGAGCUCGGCAUCAAGCUGUUUGUGCUCGACGACGGGUGGUUCGGGGACAAGCACCCGCGCGUCAACGACGACGCGGGGCUGGGCGACUGGAUCCCCAACCCGCGCCGGUUCCCGCAGGGCCUCGACACCUUCGUCAAGAGCGUCAACGACCUGCAGGUGAAGCCUGUCGGCGCAGCCACUGCCCCCCAGGACCUCCAGUUCGGCAUCUGGGUCGAGCCAGAGAUGGUCAACCCCUCGUCAGACCUGUACGAGGCGCACCCCGACUGGGUGCUCUUCGCGGGCGAGCACGAGCGCACCGAGUCGCGCCAGCAGCUCGUGCUCGACCUCGGCAAGACCGAAGUCCAGGACUAUAUCAUCGAGGCGAUCGGCAACGUGCUCCGCAUGGCGAACAUCACGUUCGUCAAGUGGGACAACAACAGGUACAUGCACGAGACGCCCCAGCCGUACGCGAGCCACAAGUACAUGCUGGGCCUGUACCGCGUGCUGGACAGCCUGACGACGAGCUUCCCCGAGGUGCUGUUCGAGGGCUGCGCGUCCGGCGGAGGGCGGUACGACCCGGGCAUUCUGCAGUACUGGCCGCAGCAGUGGACGUCGGACGACACGGACCCGCUCGAGCGCCUGCACAUCCAGUUCGGCACGUGUCUGGCCUACCCGCCAUCCGCGAUGGGGUGCCAUGUGUCCGCGAGCCCGGGCGAGCAGGUCGGCCGCGCGACGCCCCUCGAGUUCAGGGCCCACGUCGCGCUCAUGGGCGGCAGCUUCGGGUUCGAGCUCGAGCUCGAGCACUUGAGCGCCGAGGAGCGCGCCCAGAUCUCCGAGCUCGUCGCGCUGGCCGAAAAGGUCAACCCGUACGUCAUCCACGGUGACCUCUACCGCCUCGCCCUGCCCGGCAAGUCCAACUACCCCGCCGCGCUCUACGUCGCGCCAGACGGCAACGCCGUGCUCCUCGCGUUCCAGAUGUACGCCCGCAUCAAGGUCGACACGCCGCGGCUCAGGCUCGACGGCCUCGACGAGGCCGCCGAGUACGAGAUCAACGGCGUCAGGUACUCUGGCAAGGCGCUCCGCAGCGUCGGCCUCCAGCUGGACUGGUCGAGCUCGCGCCUGCCUGGCGUCGACCACCAGAGCAAGCUUCUGUUCAUCAACAAGGUUUGA